GGGCUGAGCGGAGCGAGGGGCGGCUGCCCGGCGGGCAGAGCCCUGCCCGGUAUUGUUUUGGCGGCGGGGCGGGUGGGGGUGUCGCCCGCCGCCGCCCCGCCCGCGGGGUCACGUGCCGGGUGUCGGGGCCGCGGCGGCUGAGCCCUGUCGGGAGCCCUUCCCAAGGCCCCGCACAUUCAUCUCAUUCCCGAGAGGCUGGGAAUGAGAGCCGGGACCGCCGGCAAAGCCUCCCGGUCCCUCCUGCCGGGCCAGGCCCCCUUCCGCGGAGCCGUGUCCCUGCAGGAGGCGGCGCCCCGACGCCGGUGCGGAGCGAGGUGCGCGCAGAGUGCCUGACCGGGCCCGGGCUUAGGCUGGGCUCGAUGGCCGGAGGUCUUUUCCAACCGUAUUGGUUCAUCUGCUGCCUCUGAACGGUGGGCUACUCAAAAAUAGAUUCCGAAGCAUCUCUAGAAAUGUGGUACCAAAAAUUACAGCGUGAAAUAGUAUUGAAGACAUGCUGAAAUCUGAAUCUUCAUUUGAGGAUUCACUGAAGGUGGUUCUCUUAGGUCAAGACCUUCGUGAUUAGGCUGUGAGAAUGCAAGAGUGAUGGUCUCCCUUCCCUUUUUUGAGUUUGCAGAUUCCUACUUCCCUGCUGUAGGAACUUUUAAGAGAAGCUGAAACGUAGUGUACCAUUGAGCAGGACAAGUCAGGAAUGAGUCAGCCUUGGGAAGGAGGACCUGCCAUCCUAGCUGGAGACGUCUGAAGAGAGGACAUUUCAGUCUUGUGGCAUGCUUCAGUAGAAAUUACUAAGAAAAAGAUGGCUGGCUGUGGUGAGAUAGAUCAUUCAAUCAACAUGCUUCCCACAAAUAGGAAGACAAAUGAGUCAUGUACCAAUGCAGCACCUUCCCUGCAAGUUCCUGAAUGUGCUAUCUGUCUGCAAACUUGUGUCCAUCCAGUAAGUCUGCCCUGUAAACAUGUUUUCUGCUAUCUGUGUGUUAAGGGCGCUUCUUGGCUUGGGAAACGAUGCGCACUCUGCCGGCAGGAGAUUCCUGAGGAUUUUCUUGACAAGCCAACCUUACUGUCACCAGAAGAACUCAAAGCAGCAAGCAGAGGCAAUGGAGAAUAUGCUUGGUACUAUGAAGGUAGAAAUGGCUGGUGGCAGUAUGAUGAACGUACCAGCAGAGAGCUGGAAGAUGCCUUUUCCAAGGGUAAAAAGAGCACUGAAAUGCUAAUUGCUGGUUUUUUAUAUGUGGCAGACCUUGAAAAUAUGGUUCAGUAUAGGAGAAAUGAGCAUGGACGUCGCAGAAAAAUAAAACGGGACAUAAUAGAUAUACCAAAGAAGGGAGUGGCUGGGCUGAGGCUGGACUGUGACACCAACACUGUCAGCCUGGCACGAGAGAGCUCCGCUGACGGUGCGGACAGCACACUGACUCCAGGGGCUGCAGCUGUGCAGCCUCUAGCAUCCAUUUCUGUGAGGCCCCUACCAGCACUAGAUGGUCAGCUCGUGAGCCCUUCGACGCCAUCACCUGAUGCAAGCAAUUCUCUAGAGAACUCUUUUUCCCACUUGCAAAUAAAUGGAGACAGUAUGGCUGAAAGGAGUCACAGGGGAGAGGGAGAAGAAGACCGCGAAUCAUCAUCUUCUGGUAGGGUGCCAGGCCCCGACACCUCUGUUGAGGAGACCGAAUCGGAUGCCAGCAGCGACAGCGAGGAUGUGUCUGCCCACCUUCAGCAACACCCAUCCUCUGGUCAGCAGAGACACUUGAGUGCUGGUGCAAGCCAGGCAGGAGCAGAUAGACCAGGGGCAGGGGGUGGGGUGGCAAACACAAGCGUAAGAUCUAGAAGGCCAGAUGGACAGUGCACAGUCACUGAAGUUUAAAUCUAGAGCCAUGCGAAAAAAAAUACUCAGUUGUAAUUUUCUGUAAAUUUUCUGUCCACAUUGGCAUUGCACUCAAACCUAGCAGCGUGUUUGGUGGGAGGGUGGGGUGAAGGGGAGAAAAGAGUUUUGGCCUGUUUUAACUUAAGUCUCUUAACAUGUCUCAGCUGGAAGACUCUUUAACUCUAGGAAACUGGGUUGUCCUGUUAAUGGUUUGAAAGCUCUUUAGCAAUGCCCAGUUUUCUUGAAAAUGUCUUGUGUUUAUUUUGUAGCAUUUUCCCCUUGAAGAUACUCUAUCCCUUUUUGGCCAAUGUAUAUCUACUGUACAACUUGAAUUGUCUUCAUUAUCUGACUGUUGCAUUAAGUGUCUUACUACUUUCUGCAUGGAUUGAUGUAUGAAAAGAACACUAAAGCUAUGUGGAAUCAGGCAAGGUGUUGGGUGUGAGCAGGAUGCUUAAUUUAAUGUGAGAAAAUAGAUGUGAGUUUGGAGUUAAAAUGUGUUUUUACUAGACGAGAGCAAUCAUUUACCUUCUUUCAAUGGAAAUGUAAAAAUGCUGUUAACUUGUGUUGCAAGUCCUUACCUUUACACUCUCCAUGGCUUUUUCACUGGCUUUGCCAUCUAGUCCUUGUAGUUUUGUUUAUUGAGAUCUUUCUUGAUCUGUCUUGUUUUUGUUACAGAAUUUAUAAUUUAAUAAAACUACAUUUUAUCAGUAACAAUCUCA